AUGGACCUGGUGGUCGUACCUGACUCCUUGGCCGAAGUCCCCUCACAGACAAUCGGCCGGGAGGACGGUGUCGAGCCAGUCCUGUGGCUGACUCUUGUCGCCCUCGCGUGUGCCUUCCUUGCCGGCUUCUUCCUCGGCCGGUGGAGCGUUCGCGAGGCACCGCCUCAAACUUCGCCACCUUUGCCCGUUCCAGGGCUGCAGUGGCUGAUGAUUUGGAGGCCACUCUACGCGAAGACCAGACCGACUGAGGGAAAUCGCACUCAUCCCGAGGGCAGCUUGGGAUACCGCUGUGGCAGCUCUGACCGUCCCUUCCGGCCCGGCACCAGCUGGAGGCGGUCCUCAGCCCACACGCAAUCUGACUUGACCACGCGGCAAUGGCUCCCGCUGUCCCCGGGCCAGUUGCGCCUCCUGGUCAGCCAAUUGGUGGAGACCAUGUACAAGACGAAGUUCGGCGACUUCCCUGGCCCUGACGUGGACCCCUCCCACGAGCAAUUGGCGGCCUUGAAGCAAGUCCUCGCCAGCGGUAGCCCGCCGUUCGCCGACUUCAGUGUUUUCGGCCCCUACGGACUAAGGCUCCUGCGCAAGCAGUCCUUCACGAGCUAUGUCCUCAACGUGGCCACCGGUGAAUGGACCAAGAGGGAGCAGCCAGGCCCAGGCACAUUCCACUCGUGGUACCAGGCCUGGAAGGUGCUCAGAACAGCUCUCCUCUUGCUCGAUGCGGUGGACGCAGAGAGGCUUGACGCCUACUCGGAGCACAUCAGGGCCUUUGUGACUCAGUUCUCGGACGAGGCCUGGUGGAUCGUGUACCGUGCUGACACCAGAAUGAGGUCGGAGCAUCUCGAACGCAUCCGCCGCCAACUUGCUGAAGCCCCGGCGCAUGGGUACACCGCGGCCCGUCCGUGGAACGCAGCCUUCGCUGCAGCAACCAAGGAGCAGGACUUCUGGACCAAAGAGCUCGUCACCCCAGCCACCUUGUGGUUGUCACAGAACAGGUCGGGAACCUCACGGUCAAGCGGUGGAGAUGGCUCGCAUCAAGAAGGACCUCCUCUCAAGAAGCAGAAGGCCGCCCGAGCAAAGAGACGCUAUGAAGGAGACGACCUCUCAAAGAAGGACGGAGAUAUCUACACCCACAACAGAAAGGGGGUAGAAAUCUGCCGAGAUUGGAACAAAGGCAAGUGCGGCAAGCCCGCGGCCCAGAGCAAAUGCGACCGCAAGAGCAAGCUGAAAGCCGCAACCAAAAAAGCUGACCCGAUGCGCGGCCUCCCUCCGAAGCCGCCGCCCUCGAAGCGUCAGAAAAGGGAAGAAAGUGAAGCCAAGAGCGGCAAAGAGGUUCUGUUGGCGUCCGAGCAUUCCACUCCUGGAGAGUGGAGCCCAAACGCCUCAGGACCGCCGCCUAGGUCGAAAAGCAACCAGCUGACUUCGACGGCCAAGCAGACCCGGCUGGACCCAAAGAAUACAAGGCCAGCAGAGCCCAGUGGACCGCCCCCGAAGAAGAAGAGCCGGGCUGGGCCGCCGGUCCCCGCAAAGACAAGCGCCGUGGCAGCUCCAGCAACCACGGCAAAGGCAGCGCCAAAGGCAACGGGGCCCCAACACUGCAUCCCGAGAGCCAUGCCGGCCAACCUGCGCUUUGAGUCCAUGGGCGAGUUGCCUAACUACCCAGCCUGCAGUGUCGGCCCACGACCGUAUGGGCAUUGGGUGGAGUCAGACCAUGCAACGCCGGCCAAGAAACCGUGUGCGCUGAUCUUGUUCUGUGGUCGUUCCCGCCCGGGAGACCUGCAACAGUACUUGGCGCACAUGGGCUGGCUGGUGUGUGCUCUUGACACGGCAAUCGAGCCUCCCACGAACAUCCUGGAUGAAGGAGAACGGGGCCCCAUCAUCCAAGACAUCAUGACGGGUUUCUACGAAGCCGUUUGGGUGGCAACCCCCUCUAGCACAUUCAGCCCACUUAGUUCACCGCCUGGACCAGUCCCGCUGAGAUCCCUGGCGCACCCUAUGGGACUGCCUGGGUUGGGCGAAGAUGAUGCCAAGCGGUUGAAGGAGGCGAACGCGCUGAUCACCCGCACCAUUGAAUCAGUAGAUGGCCAGCGGGCGGACGGGAAGGCUUGGGGCGUCGAGAACCCAGACCACGGCUCAGAGAAGGUGGACCUGUGGGAUAUGCCGCAGCUUCGGCAAUUGGCCCACAACUCCCGGAACUUUGUCGCCAACUUCGACCAGUGCGCCUUCGGUCUGGGUACAAAGAAACCCACGCGUUUCAUGUACCACCAGAUUGUCUUCGAAGGGCUGGACAACAUUAGAUGCCCCCAUCCUCCGAAGCAGCAGAAGGACCACAGAGGCCACACCUACAUGGCGCCGCACCCGAGCGUAGCCCAGAAGAAGGAUGGGGGAGAAGGAGAGUCAAAGAAGCGGGGCGAGCGCGCACCACACCUGUCGUGGGUCAUCGCAAAGGGCAUCCACGACGGUUGGCGAAGGAAGGAGCUCAGUGAGGAGGCGCUGGGUGGCAUGCGGAACCCAUCCAACUCGCUGCUUCGAGUAAAGGGUGCCACAGAAGCUGGGACUGCGGUCAAAGAGCUGCUGGACACAGCCCUCGAUACCUGGCCAAUGUUGCUGCAGCCCGCCCGGGCGAUCUUGGAGGGAGACGAGCCGCAGGACUACCCGGACAACCUCAUCGAAGUCAUUCGCAGCUCCGUCUUAACUUUGUUGGGUGCAACUAAGGAACAAAGAACCCGCCGGAGGACAGCAGCUGCAAGUACGCCGCUGCGAGCCGACAUCAUAGAGGCAUGGAGCAACGUGGCCGACGACCCUGACUCCAGUACCCUGGCGGCGUGGCUAGACCACGGGGCCCCACUCGGGAUCACCCAGCAGAUCCCGUCGCAUGGGGUGUUCCCCCCGGCUGCCGAAAUGGAGAAGAUCGAGGCAGACCACAUCCAGAGAAGAUCCCUUGAAGGUUGGGAAAACUACGGUUCGGCCCAGGAAGAGGCCGAGGACUUGAAGGCACUCAUCCAGGACUACGUGGAUCGUGGUUUCUGCCGGGUGGUGAAGCCUGACCAGGCAGAAAAGGAACUCGGUCCAGACUACGUCCUCAACGAGCUGGGGGUUGUCGUUAAGACCAAACAAGACGCUCAAGGACGAUGGGUCAAGAAGUUCCGAAUCAUCUGGGACCUCAAGGAGAGUCAGGUGAACAAAGCUUGCUGUCAGGGCGAGCGAGUGCUCCUGCCCCGUUUGCUCGACGUGGUUGCCUCGGUGCUCAAGGCAUACCGGGAUGGUCUCAAGCCACACCUGGCGGGGGUGGACAUUCGAGACGCCUUCAUGAACAUCCCUGCAGGGGUCGACAAGGCCUUCACGACGGCGGCCCUCCCAGGAACAAGGAACAAGCCUAUGGUGGUGGUCUUCGACACCCUAGUCUUUGGGUCAGCCUCGUCGCCGACAGUGUGGGGCAGGUUCGCUGCUUGGCUUGGCAGGACAACCGCUGCAAUUGCCAGGAACAGCCCUCAAGUGUACGUCGAUGAUCCGGUGUACGUCAUGGCCGGCGACCUGGAGCAGGCCACAAGAUCCCCGAGUCACGCGCUGCUCUGGGCGGUGGCGGGAUUUCCUGUCAAGACGUCGAAAGCCACAUGCGGGAAACAAAUCGAAUGGAUCGGAGCCAAGCUGGCGUGCCAGGACGACACCAAGACAGUGACGGUCUCCAUCCCAGAGGCAAAAGUGACACAGCUCUUGGACGACACUGACAAGAUCCUGGCCAAGCCGGUGGUGGGUUCCAAGGUCCUGAGGUCCUAUGCCGGCGCCCUGUCCUUCGUGGCUGGAACACCCGGGCCACUCGAGCGGUGCUUCUUCGCAGUGCCAGAGAACGCAGACCUUGAGAUCGUCACCGAUGCUUCGCCGUGGGGCAUGGGAGGACUAGUGAGAAAGGGUGGAGAGACAACAGAGGCGUUCGCCCUCCCCCUUUCCGACGGGGUCCUAGUCCUAGCCAAGUUCAAUGCCCAAAGAGGCGUCCCUGAUUUCAAUACCCUCUGGGAGGGGCUUGCCUUGUUAGGAAGCGCGAAAUCUGCGCAACUCAACGUGCUGGCCCGGGAAUUUGCCUUAGACCAAGCGCUCAGGUGCUACAAGGUCACGGGACUAACGCACAUUCCGGGCGUCACCAAUGUACAGGCAGAUGCCCUGUCCCGGAAGUUCUCACCAAAGCCCCCCGAAAUGCCGAAAGCUCUCGAAGGGGUGAAACUGGUGAGCCUAGAUCUCAACGACGGUUUUUGGAAGGUGUGA